UCUGUUCUGUGAUCUGUGAUAUAAACAGUAGAGGAAAUUAUCUUGUAUUAUUGUAUUCUUUUGAUUCCUUUGAGAUUUAAAAAAUAAUAGCAAGUCGAAGUUUUAAUGUUUCUGGGCCUUCAUGUUUUAUCUCUCAUAGCAUUUAUACAAUUUUGUAAAAUAUAACCAAUGUUCUGAAUAAAAAACCCAGGAUGAGUUUUUCAAGUGAUGAAGUAAACUUUUUAGUUUAUAGAUAUUUACAAGAAUCAGGAUUCCAGCAUUCUGCAUACACGUUUGGCAUUGAAUCCCAUAUAUCACAAUCAAAUAUCAAUGGAGCACUAGUACCGCCUGCCGCUCUGCUCAGUAUAUUGCAGAAAGGUCUUCAAUACACUGAAGCUGAAAUUAGUAUUGGAGAAGAUGGAACGGAACUUAGGCUGCUUGAAAGUUUGAGUCUGAUCGAUGCUGUUAUGCCAGAUGUUGUCGCUAGCAGACAGAACCAGCAAAAUCAGCAGAAACAGGCUAUUAAGGCCGAACAAACGGAGACCAAUGGAGAGGAAGCAGUCGUAUCUACCCAGAGUGAGACAAUGGAGGUGGAUACUUCCAUUGAAAUUCCCUCAUCCAAAGCAACUGUACUUCGUGGACACGAAUCUGAAGUUUUUAUAUGCGCCUGGAACCCCACAACAGAUUUAUUAGCCAGUGGCUCAGGUGAUAGUACAGCUAGGAUUUGGGAUAUGUCUGACAAUACUGCCAGUCCCAAUCAAUUGGUAUUGAGACAUUGCAUUCAGAAAGGUGGAACAGAAGUACCGAGUAACAAAGACGUUACGUCGCUUGACUGGAAUUGUGACGGAAGCCUUCUAGCUACUGGUAGUUACGAUGGUUAUGCUAGAAUUUGGACUACAGAUGGACGCCUAGCUAGUACCUUGGGUCAACACAAGGGACCUAUUUUUGCUCUCAAGUGGAAUAAAAGAGGAAAUUACAUACUUUCAGCUGGAGUUGAUAAAACUACCAUCAUUUGGGACGCAGCUAGUGGUCAGUGUACUCAGCAGUUCAGUUUCCACUCUGCUCCAGCCCUCGAUGUCGAUUGGCAGACUAAUACCUCGUUCGCCAGUUGCUCUACAGAUCAGUGUAUACACGUUUGCAAAUUGUCCAUGGAUAAACCUAUAAAAUCCUUCCAGGGUCAUACCAAUGAAGUGAACGCCAUCAAAUGGGACCCUCAGGGUCAACUCCUGGCCUCGUGCUCAGACGACAUGACCCUGAAAAUUUGGUCAAUGAAGCACGAUACUUGUGUCCACGACCUGCAGGCCCAUUCCAAAGAAAUAUAUACCAUCAAAUGGUCUCCGACAGGGCCCGGAACCCAGAACCCCAACAUGAAUUUAAUUCUCGCAUCUGCCAGCUUUGACUCCACGGUUCGACUGUGGGACGUGGAAAGGGGGGCGUGUACUCAUACUCUAACCAAACACACCGAGCCUGUCUAUUCGGUAGCGUUCAGUCCAGACGGAAAGUUUUUGGCGAGCGGUAGUUUCGAUAAGUGCGUGCAUAUUUGGUCGACGCAAACGGGGCAGCUCGUUCACAGUUACAAGGGGACGGGAGGUAUUUUUGAGGUGUGCUGGAAUUCCAGAGGGGACAAAGUUGGAGCCAGCGCUUCGGAUGGUAGCGUGUUUGUUUUAGAUUUACGUAAAUUGUAGGGUUAAGACUAAUUAUACUUUAUGUUCUGUUGUCCACUAGAGUAGGUUGAUAUAUUUUUCUAGCAAUUAUGACCUAAGUAACUUUACUUUCUUGUGACUUGAUUUUGUACAAAAGGUUAGUUUAUUUUGCAACAUACUUUAAAAAAUAUAUAAUGCUCCGAAA